AUGCAGGUGGAGGUAACACAACAAACCACAGCAAAAGAAUCGGGGAAGAUCAGAGCGUUGUCGUACCAACGCGAGGUCAACACAAAGUCCGACGGGUGUUACAUGUUUCACCAAGGCAAGACGUGCGUUAUCGCCGGUGUAAACGCGCCACGAAAUACCUUGAAAAGCAAAGAACAACCAAACACCGCAUACGUUGAUGUCCAGUUCUAUGAAAAGGUCGCUGCACAACAAGGAAAACGCAAAACCGAGUUGGAGGAAUUUGUACGGAGUGGUGUCGAGUGGGCUGUUUUAUGUGAAAAAUACCCCCGAGGGUUAAUCAAUGUUUGUAUCCAAACGGUGAAAGACGAUGGUUGCGUCGAGUCUGUUGGGAUGAACGCGACAAUGACGUCUUUAUUAUAUAGUGGUGUCGACAUGAAGUCCAUUGUAGUUGGGAUGUGUGUAGCUGGGUUCAAAAAUGCAAAUGGGCAAUACGAAAUCGUAGUGGAUGCAAACGACUCCAGAGAGUAUCAGUGGAGGGUUUUCAGUGCGUGGGACUUGACCACCAAUGCGAUGGCUGCGAUGAAAAUGAAAGGAAAGUGCACUGACGACCAACUUAAGCAGAGUCUUGAAAUCUCAUCGAAAAACGCCGCUAAAAUGCUGCGAGCCAUCAAGACCGUCAUCGAGAAACAGUAUCCUCUCUAA